UGGGCACGUCCACCGCGCUGUGGAUUGUGGGUAGCUCCCGAGCAAAGUACGGUGAAGUCUGCUCUUUUUCUGCAGCCCUGCGCCGCACGCUUUCCGAACUCUGCAGGUUCAUAGAAAGUCAAGGGCGUCUCUCGUGGAGUCCGUCAACUUCCGAACCGGACAGCGUUCGGAGCUUUUCGACUUCCCGAUAAGUCUGCGACGCGGCUGAAUCGCAACUACGGACCUCGAAAUUGAGCCAAACUUCGGCUUCACUUUUGCAGCCAUGCCAGUGUGGUUUGCGGUUCCGAGUCCAGAUGUUUACGCCACAUACUGGUUCGGUUUGAGCACCUGGAAACAUAUGAGUCGCUCGGCAUUCGUCUGAGUGUGCAAGAGAGAAGCUUGGCAAAAAGGAUGGAUGGCGUCAGCUGGAGCACCACAGCGAGUCCAGAGUCAUUCAGCCGUUCCAAGACGCCGUCAGAAACUCUGUCCAGACUCGCCAGUCUGAUCGCACGGGCUGAGACCAAACACCACACGCGAACCCAGAGGCAGGAGCCGUCCCAUCUGUCCACAUGCGUGUGUCAGGAGUGUGGUGAAGGCUUCCCCUAUACAACAGAUUUGUUGCACCACCAGGACCUGAAACACGCGCUACCCAAGCCUCACCGGUGUCCUUUGUGUGGGCAGGAAUUCUCGCUGAGGUCAUCCUUACAGCUACACAAGUGUGAUCAGGAGUCCUCAUCGUGUGAGCUUUGUGACGGGGAGUCACAGCUCAGUUCUCCAUGCCCUGCAUGUAUGACUCUCCCUUCCGAUCCUAACAGGCAGGAGAAGUCCUUUCACCGCCAGCCCCACCUCCUGGACAGUAGUCCUUAUGCGUGUGCCCCAUGUGGGAGAGGCUUCAGCCAGAAGCAAGCUCUGCUGCAGCAUCAGCAGGCUGGCUGCACCGAACCACCAUCUUCAUCAGAUGUAGUCAAAGCAAGUAGCCUUCCAGAUGAUUCUCCUCCAGUUUCUGAGGGGGACUCUCCCCGCUCAGAUACUUCUGACACACCAGGCCCUAGCAGCAGAGGUGCCAACAUGUGCCAGUGCUGUUUGAGGACUUUCCGCACACAGGCAGCACUGCAGCAGCAUAAACACACUAAUCACACAGAGAAGAUGUCGACGGCUCCACGGGGAAAAAGAGCCAAAGGAGAAUCCACGGGUGAAGAAGUGAGGAGAAGAGGAAACAUCAAGGUGAAUGGAGCGGCAAAGAGAAGGUUAAACACAAAGCAAAAGCUCCUGAGCUGUCGCUCCUGUGACAUGGUUUUUAGGAACACCUCCAAACUCUACAUGCACAGAAAAGAGAACCACACCAGAGACAAGAUUAUUCAGAGUGAACCAAGGCCAGUCAUCACCAAGCGCAGGAGAACAGGCACAUACCCAUGUCAGAUCUGCGGCAAAGUUUUCAUGCAUCAUUUGUCACUUCGUGCACAUUACAGACAGCACCAUGCCUCAUUCUUCACCUCAAUUAGAAGCAAAAGCCAUACUGUAGAAUGUGUCCCCACCAAAGACUCAAGUUUGUCAGAGCAUAACCCAAAUCAAGUGAAAAGCAGCCCGGCAGACAGUAAGACUGUUCGAGCUGGUCCAGGGAGGCCGAAGAGGGUGGCCAGAUUAGGAGCUAAGGACCAACAUCAAGGGUUGUGCAGAGAGGGACAAGAACUAAAGCAGACAGGGGGGCAGGAGGAGGAUGAAGAGGAGGAAAAAGAGUUCCCAUGCCCUUCCUGUGUAGAGGUUUUUCCUCUACAGUCACAGCUGAGGGAGCACAUGGAGCUCCACCAGUCCUCCGUGAAGCGGAGGCAGUGCUGCGUGUGCACCAACGAGAUGGACACGUGUAAAUGGCCGAGUUCAAAGCGGCAGAGGCUGUACCACUGUGUUCCCUGCCAGCAGGGCUUCACAGCACUGGACCCUUUCCUAGAACACUGUCAGGAGCACCUGCGAGUCCGGGUGGAGGAGGACCGCAUCGCAGAGGCCAGCAAAGCCUGAGAUGCGACUUGAAUGUGGUCAGCGGUUGCCUUUAUGCCUUGAAGAAUGAGAGAGUGGAGGGUGAUGAAAGCUGUUGAUGAGCCAGCUCACUAAUCAAACUUCACACAAACUGUUGUUAGUUCAUUGAUAUCAGCAUUAAAAUUGUUUUAAAUAAAAAAGGAUGGGUUGCUAUAUGACCACACAGGGAUUUUUUGCAUGUUUUAUUUCUAGUUACAUGUAACAAAUUCUUUACUGCCAACCAAAGUAUAGCACAUAGUAGACCUUUUUAAAUUUUCAACAUCCUCCUCUCUGGAAUUUGUAAAUACAUUUAUGUAACGCCCAUAACUAAAAAACAUUUUCCUAGAUGAUCCCAAGAUGUUCCACCUUUAGAUUUGUAACAUUCAAGCAGCAGCAUUACAGCCACAAACAUACGAAAUGUGGACCUUGCCAAGGUUUGUGUUUGCUCAUCCACUUUGUGUUGAAGGGAUCCUCUACCAUGUAUCUGUUCCAAAAAUUGGUAAAACUUUACUUUGAUGAACUACUGCCACUCUGCAAACUGUCUUCACCGGCCUGUGUCAUCCUGAGAACUUUAAUAAAACAUGCAAAAGACCAACUUGUACCUGUAUAGAGUUUGAAAUAACUAUUUCUUCAUUUUUUUAAUCAACCACUUGAAAGAUCAGGGCCCUGUUUUGAAGCAUUUAAAGCUAAAACGAAAGCUGCAGACUUGUGGUGGAACUAGACCAUCUUUAGUAACACUUGAAAUCAUUGACCUGCACAAGGCUGUUGCUUUCCAACUAAAGCACUGUCUGUUUUACUAGGCUUUGUUUUGUAAGUGUUGUCUGUCUCUGUUGUAUUUGUUUUACUUCACUGAGUCUUAAGUUGCCCCCUUCCAGAUAACUAGUACCAAUACCAAUACUAAUCUGCUUAUCAGCUGUAUCUCUUAACCUUGGGUUCAUGUAAAAGAGCCAGGAAUUGUUGUGAAUCAGUGACUUCAGAUCCAUGAACUAAAAUAACUUUGGCUGAAACUACUGACUAAAAGGACUAAUCUGUAGAUGCAUUUUGCAUAUGUGAAGCAAUAAAAGCCUUAAUCCACUGAAAUGUCAAAACUCUUUCAACCCAGAGUGAAAAGGGAGCCACAUCCGCCUGCUGAUCUCACUUCGUUGGUACUGGCCUCUGGAUAGUCACAUCUGUCUUCUGGUUUGCUCCUUUUGUCUUAGGGUUUUGGUAAUAAUGAAUCUCAGGUGUGUUACUUGCUACAUUGUCACUCUUGUGUUUGGGAUUUCAGUGUUUGCCUUUUCUCUAGCACUGUUUAGGGCACUAGAUAAAAUUUGAGUGCUUCACGUUCAUGUGUGCCAAUUAUUUUGAUAGUCCUGCCCUGGUCUAUACAGCAGUCCAACUCUGAAUAGCUGUCUGGGAUGGUUCUAUGUUAUACAGUGCCUUUAUUAUGGCCUGUUUUAAUGCUGGCUUGUACUCUGGUGGGGUUAACUAGCUAUGCAAACAGACUGACGCUUGAAAAAUGCUUGAUAAAUGUCUUUUAGUGAACUGAACAAAGAUCUGUGAAUUUCCUUUUUUGUACUUUUCAGCUACUGUUUUCAAGUUGCUACUGUAAAAGUGUAGAACAUGAUUUAAUAGGUUUUGAAUCUUCCACUUUUUGAAGUAUUUCAUGAAUUAGUUACUUGCUCUUUAUAGAUGCCAUGAUUAUUAAUUAAACCCUAACAAUCAUCA